AUGGUACUUGCUACGAACGUCGUGAGUUUGAUAUUUAUUUUGGGGUUCCUGUGUCUGGUGAGGAAUACCGGGGCAGGUCACCAUGGCGGUCAUCAUGGUGGUCACCAUGGAGGUCAUCAUGGCGGUCAUCACCGCGGUCAUCACUCCGGUCACUGCGGUAAUUGUCAUGGUAAUUAUCACGUCGGUAGUGGUGUGGAGCCGAAGCACAACAGAUAUUUUGGUCACGGUGGACACGGUCGUCGCCCGGACCAGGGUCAUCAUGGCGGUGGAGGUCCUCGCGACCAGGUUUCCUCGAUGCACCGCAGUGGUGGACAAAAAUCGUUGAACCCGGUGGGCUCUAACUCCGAAAACCAACACCAAACCCGAUUGUCGGCACAUUCUAAGAAAAAGGGACACGCGGACAUCGUACGCUCUCAGAUAAGUUCAAGAGAUGUGAAUUUAGUGACUCUACCAAGUGCAGCCACAAAACAAUGUACAUGA